UUGAUCAAGGUUGCGAUGAAACAUGUUCAGAUUUUACCGAAUUUUCUUUUAAAAACGUUCGAGGAAAGAAAAACAAAAAAAAAACAGUGAAUUACAAUGGCCGCUGACUAGCUGCCACUAGACGCAGUUGUCAAAUAUGACAGCAAACAAUCCUUUUAAAUCUGAAAACAAAUUGACGCAGUUUGGCGGAUUAAGAAAGCAUACUAAACACGACAUAAUUGAUUGUAAAAGCGUACGGCCAACCUUACUGUCUGACAAAUUGCGUUCGAGUCAAGACUAUAAAAUCCAAUAUCUGAAGGACUUGCGUCUCCCAGUGUGAUUAUGUAAUAGAGUAUCAAGCUAAUGAGAAUGGUUGAACUCGACGUUUGGCCCGUUUGUAGAUCAAUAUACAUUAUAUAGAGAGAAUUCCGUCAUCAGGGUACGCUUAAUUUUGUAGCUUUUUGUUUUAUUUUCAUGUGCCACUAAAUCCUCACGGUAAACAUUAAAACCUGGGUCAGUCAGUAAGGAGAAUUGAUAUCUUGAGAUCUGGACUGACAGGUUAAUUAACACGUACUUUAAGACUCUAUAGUUUAUAGGUUUUACUUCAUUCAAAAUAAGCCUUUUCGCUCGAAGAACAAGUGUUAAUUUCACAACACAGUAACCAACUCCUGUAGGUGCAAAAGGUCUUGGGCUCGUUAGUUUUAAAACUCUGAUUUAUCUUAUUGAGGCAAAAAAGAAAUACAUAUUUCUGAAUUAUAUGAAAACAUUUUCUGAAUCCAUAAUUAAGUAGUGGCUUUGUCCAAAAACUGACAUGGGGGCGUAAUCUGACCUUAAUGUUUUCCAUACUUAAACUGUGCUCGUGUCUUCAAAAACGACAGUUGCUGGAUUCGACCAUUUAACGUUACAUGAUUGUGGAAUCAAUAAGCGUAGCUCCUCUGCCAACAGAAUUGACGCUAUUUCAGUCACACUGCACUUGGCGCAAUUAAUUAACCCAGCAAAAGCUCAUCGCUCAUGUUUAUGUAUUGGAGUUAGUUGCAUUCUUUGUGUUAUAUGCGAUUUCCGUUCAAGCGUGAAUGAUGGCUACAAGUAAGCUCUUGCUUCAAACAUAUUGAAGUAUGUUUAUACCCGAGAAGGGUACAAUAUGGGGGACGAUUCACUAAAUGGGACUCUUCCCAAAUCUGUUACGGAUGUGUCUUCUUUGGAUCCGCGGUCCAACGCUGCCGUUUUCCUACAAGCUGCUUCCAUGGUUGUAAUAAUGCUUGUUGCUGUGGGAGGCAAUCUGCUGAUUCUGGCCGCCAUCUACAUUGACAAGACUCUACAAACAAUUACGAACGCGUUCAUAAUCAAUCUUGCCUGCGCGGAUCUACUUUUGUCGAUUAUCGGAAUGCCGUUUACCCUGGCCUCGUCUAUCAAGUACGAGUGGGUUUUCGGAGACACCUGGUGUAAGGUAAAUGGCAUGGCUAACUCUUUGUUUUGUAUUGCUUCGAUACUAACCCUCGCCGUCGUGUCAGUUGAUCGCUAUUGUGCAAUUCUCUACCCUUUCAAGUACGCAACCUGGAUAACGAACAAAGUCGCUGCUGGUAUGAUCGUUUAUAUUUGGUUCCAUGCGCUACUUAUGGCUUGCCUUCCUCUGACCAACUGGACACAAUACACCUUCAUACGCUCUGAAUCCAUCUGCACAGUGCGGUGGGAAUACAGCAUUUCUUUUACCUUAUUCCUCUUUUCGGUUUGUUUUUUCCUACCGCUCGGGGUCAUGAUGGUAACCUAUUUAAGAAUUUUCCGCACAGCCAGAAAACAAUCCAGAAAAAUAGUUCCAGUCACUGGUGAAAUUGAAGCACGGGAAGACCCGAGUGUGAACGAGUAUUCGGCCGGCAGUCGGGCUCGCUUGAACUCCGAGCUUCUGACUGGAUGUUCCGUUAAAGAACUAGACAUGAGCAAAAGUGACAUUUCCCUAAACAGCGAUGUGUAUGACGAUAAAAUGUUACCAGGUCCCCAAACAUCGUUCGCAGUUUUUUAUGAACGAAAAGAAUUAGGAGCAUUGUCAACUGAAAAUGUAAACACAACUGAUCAACCUUCGAAGGAUUCUGGUUGCGAGGAUAUCAACGUCGGGGGCUCGAGAACUUAUUUGAAACCGAAUGAACUGCCUACUAGAAAGGAACCCAGGAGAACGUCUAGUGCUUAUGAAAGCGUAGAUGGAGAGAGUGUUUUUAAUAGCAGUUGUGGAAGCUUACAAGAAUCAGUUUUGGGUCCGAAAGAACUUCUCGAGAACAAAUCCUCAUCUACUCCACCUGCACCUGUAUCUUCAGACGUGAAUACGCCAUUUUCCAAAUCAAAUAACAUCGCCCCGCGCAGGAAAACUGGAGCCAUUUAUUUACCGCCUAUUGAAACUGUGAAAAGGAAAGAGGAAAUAGAAUCUAUUAUGCAACCUCGUGCGGCAUUAGGAAGUUUAAACAAUAACAACCAAAAUGUAAACGAAUCGACAAAGCACGAUGACGCAAAGUGUGUUGACGAAUACCCUUCUUUUGCUAUUGAAACAGCCGCGAAGAAAGAAGAUAACUUUGCGCAAGAUAACAUGGUUAACCAAUCAAAUUGUCUCUCAACUGAGGGGAAUGCACAAGUCCAGGGACAGCACGCUGGGAGUGAAUUAGCUGAUAACAAACUGUUUCAUAUUCCUGUGGUUGUUUCUCGAUUCUCCUGUCAAUCUUCGUUUGCUUAUUCAACGAAAGAGGCUCCAACAGGCGGUAUCUCGGCAUCGCAAACAAUCGAAAGAAACCCUUCCGCGACACGUAAAAAGAAGUUUUCUACGGCGUCCUUCGCUAGUCUCGCCAAUUUUGCUGGUCCUAACGCGUUCAGAGCGUUUAGUAAAUCGUCACUUGCACUCGUAAAACUUCGGAAAAAGAGAGAUGUUCAAGCUCGGGCGAAAAUGCGUCGCGAAACCAAAGCUGCAAAAACUUUACUGACAGUAGUGGGGACGUUCGUGUUGUGUUGGACACCUCACUUUAUAGGAAUAUUUUGUUUUCUUUUUGAAGACUGUUCGUGGCCUGAUGAAUUCUUUGCUGUGACCACGUGGCUUGCCAUGCUAAAUUCUGCCUGCAAUCCUGUUAUUUAUGGAGUGAUGAGCAGGCAGUUUAGGAAAAGAUUCAAGCAGAUUUUACAGUGCAAACGAGGUUUUUUUUGAGAGAAUUCGAACCAAAAAUGAAACUAUCUUUUUAUAGUAAGAUUUGUUUAUAUAAUUGUUCAGCAUAUCAAUGCGGCUAUAAGAAAAUGUUCAAUUCCAAUUAAAUCCAAAGGAACGAAUCGUUUGGCCUUUUAAUAAAAUUCCACUACUGUUAAUAAACAAAUUUGUGAGUCAUUUUACCGCAGGACACAAUAGAAUACCACGCUAUUAUAUCAUUCAAAUGCUAAUGGCUUCUCUUUGAAUUCUUUGUGAGUUUUUAGUAAAUAGAUAUCUUGUUCGCAUAAAGUUUUCUUAAGUUACUUGACUGUCUUUUUGUUUGAGUGGGAUAAGGUUUUGUCGAUUGUUUUUAAAGACCCCCUGCUGAUGUAUAUCACCUUUCCCGCAGAGUUUUAAAUUAAAUUACUGGCGGGUUAUCAAGAUAUCCGAAGAAAGCAGAUAUAUCUAUAUGCUAUACAUCAUAGUGCUAACUGAGUUUUAAACUUUUAAACAAAAUAA